AUGAGCACUCCAAAGUUGGAAUUGCAACAGGGUGGCUCAUCUUCAAGCAAUCUUGUCACCGAAACUCGUAAACCUUCCAAAGUACGGUUUCUUCUUGGUAUAUUAUUGAUUAUUUUUCUCGUGCUGGCGAUUGUGUUUAUCGUUCUGUAUGUAAACGAAAAGAAAGAUGAUGAAGGUGAUGGAAGUGUUGUUGGACGGAAUAACACCCAAGGUCAAGGAGGUGGUAGCCAAGGAGGUCACGGGCAAUUGUGCGAGGAUCCAUCGUGCGUUAUUAGUGCUGGAG